CCUUGUCCUUCGUUUGUCUUCCACUUGGCCCCUCGAAUUUCUUUUCAUUCUCCCCUUGACCAUUCCCUUUUGAUCUUCCCGUUUACCACUUAUUGGAUUGUGGGCGGGUUGAUUGUUUGUUCUGAUAUCUUGCCCGUGCAAGGUGAUCUCAUCCCUGGUUGUGUCUGGCGCUCCACUUUGUAAUUGCGUCAGUGCUAGGCGACCAUGGCCUACAACAAGAGCUACAAUCCCGAUGCGCUGCCAGCGCACGCUGAGCCAGAGCAGGUCGCGCAGAUGAUAGGGAACAUGCAGAUGUCAGGAGGCCACGGUCAAAGUCAAAAGCCGCUUCCCUCGCGUCCACCACCACAGUCGGCGUCUAGCGGUGGAGUACCCUCCCGAGUACCUGUCUCCAAUAGUCCUCCAUCGCACGCAUACAACAACGCCCCUCCCGCGAACCCCUACAACGGCCGACCCUCGCCCGCGAACGCGCCUCCCCCAAACCAAGGCCAAUAUCGACCUCACCCGUUACAUCCCUCGCCGCCACCUCAGAACUACGGCUUCGGACCCCCUCCAUCUCAGCAGCAGCGCAAUAGACCCCCGCUCGCCUCGCGCCCUCCGCAAUCCCCCCAACCCCCGCCUCUGACUGCUCCCACCGAUGACCCACAACAGCUCUUCCCUCUAUUCCGCGCAGCCAACUCCUCGCAUAGCGGCUCGCUCACCGAGCAAGAGCUCGGGUCUGCUCUCGUGAACGGCGACUACACAUCUUUCCACCCGCGCACGGUGAAGAUGAUGAUCCGAAUGUUCGACAGGAACGGAAAUGGUACAAUCAACUUUGACGAAUUUGUUUCGCUAUGGAAGUAUCUCGCAGCGUGGCGGGAGUUGUUUGAUCGGUUCGACGAGGACCGCAGCGGGCGCAUUAGCCUGCAGGAGUUCGAGAAUGCGCUGGUCGCGUUUGGAUACCGUCUCACGACGAAGUUUGUGUCUGUGCUAUUUACUGCGUUUGAAAGCAAGACGCGGCAGGUUAAUGCGCCGUCGAAGAGUCCUGGUCAGAAUGGGAUGAGCUUUGAUCUGUUUGUGCAGGCUUGUAUCAGCCUGAAGCGGAUGACGGAUGUGUUUAAGCGGUAUGAUGAGGAUCGGGAUGGGUAUAUUACCGUGAGCUUUGAGGAGUUUCUGACUGAAAUCAUCCUGCUGCAGGAUUAAUACGCUUUCGCGACACCGUGCUUGCACACUUGCAUAUGGUUUACUUCGUUGUCUAUAUUGCAUUCCCCAUUGCGCUUGUUCUUUCUGGUUAUUUGCUAUUGGAUCUCGUUUCUUGUCCUGGUUCUCGACCUGUUGACGUUUCUCCCUAUUAUACCCAUACCCUAUUCUCUUCCCUGUCUGCUUCGUCCUAGAGUUCUAGUCAAAGACCGUCGCAUGUUGAUUUGGGCGUUGUCCAGUCUAUCAGUCUUGCAAGGAAACUGUUUUACGAAUUCAGAAUCUUUCUUUCUAG